AUGAAUGCUAAUUCAUUUCUAACAACCAAAUGCACUAGUUUCAGUUUCACUUAAUAUAAGGUGAGAUCUCGGUCAAUUUAACACAAAUCGUUAGAAAAUAGUCGCUCUCAUCCAAGUCAGAAGGAUCUGUUAGAGAAAUAAAAACAAUAACGUAGAAGUGUCCAUGUAACAACAUUAUUGCAACAGAAUCUUAACAUUAAUUAAAUGUUCACUAAACCCAUAAUUGAUGAAUUAAUGUGGAGAUAAUCAGAACUUUAUAUGAAUCAAUUUAAAAUACAACUAAGUUAUAUUGUGGACAGUGGGAACUUACAAUAAUUUGGAGCCAUAAUUUGCAUGACAGCCGAGAUUCUUCUAAAAAUCAAAGAUUUUAAUAAUGCUUGUUACUAUUUCAAUUAAUAUAGAAUUUUGAAUACACUCACCAAGAAUCAUGCUGAAAAAGCAAAAGCUUUAAUUGGUUUGGCUAACUGUGCUUAGGAAAUAAAAAUGAAUCGUGAAGCAUUAACAAUAUUAAAGAAAGCAUUGUAAUAUGCAUGGCUCAGCAAGGAAUACGAACUACAGAUCUAUGAAAAAUUAGCCUUAAAUUAUUAUUACUUGGGAUAAAGUGAGGAAUAGUAUUAUUUCCAUUAGAGAGGGCUGUUAGGCAUAUUGGAAUCUGAUGAAUCCCCUAUCAAAUAAUUUAGCUGUGAGUCCUUGCGAGAUUAAUUGAAGAAGAAUAACAUAGAGAUCAAGACUCUGUGUCCUUAGUUGUUAAACUAUAUGAAUUUACCGAUUUUAAGUAGAAAUGAAUUGCUGAGUAGAAAUCCAAACUCAAUACGAAGUGAUUAAGUUAAGAAAUAAGUCAUCUACACAGUUACAGAACAAAUAGAAAUAAUACUAUAGAAAAAUGAAGAAUUCCAAUAUUAAAUAAAUACUCCUAAAUACUAAAAGCUAAUUAAAUAUCAUAAUAACAAAAAGGGAGAUGAAUUCAGAGUUGUAAAUUAAUCGCAAUCGUCAUACUCUAAGGAGAGAAGACAAUAUGAUUUAACUAAUACUACUAUUUAUAAAUUGCCUUAUGAAGUUUAAGUGAACAAUCGCAUUCAGCAUCCCUACAUUCCUGAAGACAUUAAUGCGAAACUGCAUGAACAAUUAAGAAAUGCUAAUAGAACUCAAAAAUUCGGAUUAAGAAACAAAGUCAUACUUAAUCAUUAGAAUAGGGAAGACAUGCACUAUAGGAAGAAUGGAGCUUGCUUGUACAGAUAAUUAUAUGCUAUAUUUUCAUAUUAUUCUCAAUUAUUUAAUUGA